GGGCAUAAGGCACAGGGUGCCCAGGGUCAGCUGGACAUGGAGGGGGCUCUGACCGCCCGAGACCGCGUGGGGAUCCAGGACUUUGUCCUGUUGGACACCCAUACCAGCGAGACUGCUUUCCUAGGCAACCUGAAAAAACGCUUCAGUGAGGACCUCAUUUAUACCUAUAUAGGCACUCUGCUAGUGUCUGUGAACCCCUACAAGGAGUUGGAUAUCUACAGUAAAAAACAGAUGGAUAUAUACAUGGGCGUCAACUUUUUUGAGCUUCCACCACAUAUUUAUGCCCUGGCGGACAACGCCUACCACACCAUGAUGGCUGAGGGCAACAACCACUUCAUCCUCAUCUCUGGGGAGAGUGGUGCCGGCAAGACCGAGGCUUCCAAGAAGAUCCUACAGUACUAUGCUGUGAGCUGCCCCAGUACCACCCUACUGGACAGUGUCAGGGACCGGAUGCUGGUGUCCAACCCUGUGCUAGAGGCUUUCGGCAACGCCAAAACACUGAAGAAUGACAACUCUAGUCGCUUUGGAAAGUACAUGGAUAUCCAGUUUGACAUCCAGGGGGAUGCCGUGGGGGGCCAUAUCCUGAGCUACCUGCUGGAGAAGUCCCGAGUGGUCCACCAGAACCACGGAGAGAGGAACUUCCACAUCUUCUACCAGCUGGUGGAGGGAGGGGAGGAAGACCUGCUGCAUCAGCUAGGCCUCGAGAGCAACUGCCAGCACUACAGUUACUUGGUGCAAGACGAGUGUGCCAAUGUGACUUCGAUCAAUGACAAGAACGACUGGAAGACGGUGAGAAACGCCCUGUCUGUCAUCGACUUUGACGAGAGAGAUAUACAACACCUAUUUGGGAUCAUAGCAAGCGUCCUCCACUUAGGGAAUGUGCAGUUUGAAGCUGACAGCAAAGGCUACGCCACGUUGAACAAGAACACAGAACUCCGCUGGGUGUCAACAUUGCUGGGAAUUAACGUUCAAGUACUGCAGGAGGGGCUGACAUACAGGAAGAUUGAGGCCAAAACAGAUGAGGUGCUCAGCCCGUUCACAGUGGACCAUGCCAUCUAUGCCAGAGAUGCCCUGGCCAAAGCCAUCUAUGGACGCACCUUUACCUGGCUUGUCAAUAAGAUCAAUGAUUCCAUGGAGAAUAAGGAAACGUCAAGGAAGACGGUUAUUGGUCUCCUUGACAUAUAUGGCUUUGAGGUUUUCUAUGUCAACAGUUUUGAGCAGUUUUGUAUAAACUACUGCAACGAGAAACUGCAGCAGCUUUUUAUCCAGCUGACCUUGAAGUCGGAGCAGGAGGAAUACGAGGCAGAGGGCAUUGGGUGGGAGCCUGUCCAGUUCUUCAACAAUAAGAUUAUCUGUGACUUAGUGGAGGAGAAACACCGGGGCAUCAUUUCAGUACUGGAUGAAGAAUGCCUGAGGCCUGGAGAGGCCACUGACUUCACAUUUCUGGAGAAGCUUGAGGAGAAAAUGGGCAGUCACCCUCAUUUCAUCACGCACAAGUUGUCUGAUAAGAAGAUACGUAAGACGCUGGAUCGGGGCGACUUUCGCCUUCUGCAUUAUGCUGGGGAGGUCACCUAUGGCGUUGUGGGGUUCAUCGACAAAAACAAUGACAUGUUAUACAGAAACAUCAAAGAUGUGAUGCGGCAGUCAAAAAAUGCCAUAGUCAGAGAGUGCUUUGCUUCCACAGAGUCAGAUAGCAGGCGGCGACCAGAGACGGUUGCUAGCCAGUUUAAGAGCAGUCUGCUGGGACUGACAGACAUCCUCAUGUCUAAGGAGCCCUGGUAUGUGCGCUGCCUCAAAUCCAACGAGUCCAAACAGCCAGGUCGUUUUGACGACGUGCUGGUUCGGCACCAAGUGAAGUACCUGGGGCUGAUGGAACACCUUAGGGUCAGACGGGCAGGUUUUGCAUACCGACGCCGCUACGAGUUGUUUCUGCAGAGAUACAAGCCCCUAUGCCCAGCCACCUGGCCCCAUUGGAGAGGAGUGGCUGCAGAAGGAGUGGAAGUGCUGGUGAAGCACCUGGGAUACCUGCCAGAUGAGUACAAAAUGGGCAGAACCAAGAUAUUUAUCCGCCACCCCAGGACACUUUUUGCCACAGAAGAUGCCUUCGAGGUCUGCAAACAUAAACUUGCAUCAAGGAUUCAGGCCCAGUACAAGGGAUACCGGCAAAAAGGAGAAUUCAGAAGACAGAAAGAAGCUGCCACCAAGAUUGAGACUUGCUGGAGAGGAGUUCAAGCCAGGAAAGAGAAAGAGAGGAGACAAUGGGCUGUCAAGGUCAUCAAGAAGUUUAUUAAAGGAUACAUGACCAGAGGGGAGGCAAAGACUACUGAUAACUCUGAAUACCUGGCCUUUGUCAGACAGAACUACCUCAACAGGCUGAAAGACAAUCUCCCAAAAACAGUUCUGGAUAAAAUCAGCUGGCUAACCCCUCCACCUGUAUUGACUGAGGCCUCAGCGAUCCUGCGUCAGCUCCACAUGCGUGUCAUGGUGACGAGGUAUGUCAGAGGGAUCACUGCACAACAGAAAGCACAGCUUCAACUCAAGGGGAUCACCAGUGGUAUCUUCAAGGACAAGAAGGACAGCUACCCUCAGAGUGUCUCCAAACCCUUUGUGGACACCAGGAUCAGUGAACAGGACAUCAAUAUGAAGGUCCUGCAGAUAAUUCGCCAUGAACGCAUCAAGUAUAGCGUACCAGUGGUGAAGUAUGACAGGAAUGGGUUUAAACCCCGACCUCGGCAGCUCAUCCUCACGCAGACGGCUGCCUAUGUGGUGGACGAGGCCAAGAUCAAACAGAAAGUGCAGUACACUACUCUGAAAGGUGUGUCUGUCAGUACCUUGAGUGACAGCAUCAUCAUUUUCCAUAUUGCAAGUGAAGACGUUAAACAGAAGGGGGACCUGGUCAUCCAGUGUGACCACCUGUUUGAAGUGUUGACCAAACUCAGUGUGGUUGCCAACAAGCAGAGCGCUAUCAACGUGGUCCAGGGCAGCAUCUCGUUUCAGAUACAGGCAGGGAAAGAGUGUAUUGUGGACUUCAGCAGUGGCCAGGAGUCCAUGGUGUACAAGGACAAGAAUGGACACCUCAUGGUGGUAUCCACUCGGACCAAGGCUCGGUGAACUGCUCAGUGCCCAGCAGAUAGACACACUAAGGAGAGAACGAAUAAGGUCUCAGGAGAC